CCUUAAGACACUUUCCUUGUUUUAAUUAAGAGUUGGAAAGACAAAUAUCCAAACAGCGUCGAAUUCCACGGCUCUCUAUCUAUCCGCUCCGAGCGAGAAAGUAAACCCUCGCGCCGAUAGAUAUUAUAUAAUCCGACGCGCCAUUCCAAAUUUCCAAUCCAAAUAGCCAUGAAUUUGUAAGCCCAUUUUCAUUUCCAUUUCACCUCAAAAUAUAAUCUCAUCUCUCCCCUUUUCAAUGGCUACCCACAGAAUCUCGUCUCUCCCCAUUGCAAUUUCUACUUCCCUUUCUCUUCCCUCUAAACGCCGCGAUUAUCGUCUUGCUCUUCCUUUCAACUCUCUCUAUGGCACUCGCCUUUUACUUAAACCCUCCAAUUUGAGCUGUUUCGUCACCAAACACCAUUCUUCAACCAACGCUACCGUUUCACUUAGCCUCCCAACCGCGAAACCGGAGAGGGCGACUUCCGAGAAAUCCCCAGUAUGGUCGGCAAGAUCAAUAAAGUCCUUUGCAAUGGCGGAAUUGGAAGCAAGGAAGCUUAAGUAUCCGAAUACCGGAACAGAAGCACUUCUAAUGGGAAUUCUGGUCGAGGGAACAAGCCAUGCUGCAAAAUUUUUAAGGGCUAAUGGAAUUACACUUUUCAAAGUGCGAGAGGAAACAGUAAACUUACUUGGAAAGUCAGAUAUGUACUUUUUCAGUCCUGAACAUCCCCCAUUAACUGAACAAGCUCAGAAGGUCCUUGACUGGGCUGUUGAUGAAAAGCUAAAGUCAGGUGAAAGUGGGGAAAUAACCACAACGUACUUGCUUCUGGGUAUUUGGUCAGAGAAAGAAUCAGCAGGCCACAAGAUCUUGGCCACUUUUGGUUUUAACGACGAGAAGGCCAAAGAACUAGCAAAAUUCCUCAACGACGAUAUUGUUUUGAACUAUAAGUAGGUAAAAAAUUUCUGCAAUUUCCAACUUUGUAACAGCUUCCUGAUUCUUCUUGGUGGAGCAGAUACUGUACCUUAUGAGGGUUUUCCUUUUUAAUGGUUUAAAGUUCAAACAUUGAUAUUGUUUUUUUUUUGUGAAAUAACUGCAAAUGUUGGGAGCUUUAGUUUCGGCGUGAAUGCAUAAGUAGAUUUCCUUAACUAA